AUGUUGCAGGACGGAGCUUACACAGAGCAGCUUUGUCUCGUCAUCAUCACUGAUCAUAGCUGGUACAUGGCAGCAUCAUCCCAUCCCAGGAAAGUUCGCGAGGACCCGACACUAAUAAAACUUGGCAUCGAGCAGCGUGUUCUUGGAGUAGUGAUACUCUGCAUCACCGCCGUGCCGGCUCUAGACUGGCUUUCUCUCACGCUGGCGGAUUUAUGUGCCACCAAGAGCCCUUUUUGCCUCCACCGACGGUGUCAAUUUAGCAAUGCAUUCCUUGUGGGAUCAUGCAGAAGCCGAUCUUUGAUUGGUGGUUUUGGCCAUCACCAUGAGCACCAGUAA